AUGAGAACACAUUUUCACUCUCUUCCACUACUAUUGUUCAGCUUUUCCCUUUUAUUUGGCCAAUCCAGACCCGACCCUGACCCACUUCAAGACUACUGCGUUGCUGAUAACAAAAACGCUUUCUUCAUCAAUGGUGUGCCUUGCAUCAACCCAAAACAAGUUUCGUCAUCCCAUUUUGUUACAUCUGCUUUAUCCAAGCCUGGCAACACUAGUAAUAACUUCGGCUUCAGUGUCACCCCCACUAAUACUGUUAACCUUCCCGGGCUUAACACCUUGGGCCUUGUAUUGGUUCGGGUUGAUAUAGCGGGUAAUGGGAUUGUGCCGCCCCACUCACAUCCACGGGCCUCAGAAGUUACCACUUGCCUCAAGGGCCGGUUGCUUGUGGGCUUUAUUGAUACAUCAAACAGAGUCUUUACCCAGAACUUAAGGCCCGGUGAGUCAUUUGUUUUCCCAAAGGGCCUGUUACAUUUCCUGUUUAAUAUUGACACUAAGGAACCCGCACUAGCCUUGUCUGGUCUCAAUAGCCAGAAUCCAGGUGCACAAAUAGCAUCACUUGCAUCAUUUGCUAGCAAGCCUCCUAUUCUUGAUGAAAUACUUGAGAAGGCUUUUCAAAUUACCAAGCGAGAAGUGGAAACAAUUCGCAGAAACCUUGGAGGAUGAAUUAUGCUGCUUGAUGAAGAAAAAAGGAAAGAGAACGUGUCUUGUUUUAACAUACUAGCCGAAAACGCUGUUAAGCAAGG